UAAAUAUCCCAACGCUUUUCCUUUCUUUUCCCUUCGUCUUCCUAAUUCCUCCUCCAAAUUUCUAUCUCCCAAAAGAAAAACUCUUGGUUCAAUUUCAUUUCUCAAAAUCCCAAUUCUCUCUCCAGAUCAAACAAUUCUUCAUUUAACUGAAUUUAAGAAUUUCUUAGAAUUGUUUCUGUUCUGAUCAGGAGAGAGAAUUUUUUACAUUUCGAUCCCCAUUUUUGGUGUUUUUGCCCUUUUUACCCUUAUCGCUUUUAUGUGUGAUACGCAUGUGUUCUAAUUCUAAUCACUUCAUUACUUUCUUUUUAAUCUUUCUUCUCCAUUUUUCCCCUCAGAUUUUCAAUUUUAGGAGUAAUUAUUGUAGUAUCAACAACUCAUUAAUACUGAGAGAUUCUUAUUAAGAUAAGAUUUUUAACGGUAAUCUUACUUAAUCCCAUUAUUUUUGUUGGGACGAUUUCCAAUUAAUCGCAUUUUUAGCCAUGGAUUCUCAAAACAAGAGUAAUCGUCAGCUCCAAAGAGCUCCCUGCUUCUCAAAUGUUGGACGGAGAUAUGUGGCCUCGCCAUCUGUCAUUGUAAUAGGUGGUGGGAUGGCAGGCCUUGCAGCUGCUCGUACUCUUCAGGAUGAGUCAUUUCAGGUAGUUGUGUUAGAAUCACGAGAUAGAAUUGGAGGCCGAGUUCACACUGAUUACUCUUUUGGUUUUCCUGUUGACUUGGGUGCAUCAUGGUUACAUGGUGUCUGCAAAGAGAAUCCUUUGGCACCUCUUAUUGGAAAACUAGGAUUGCCUCUCUAUCGUACAAGUGGUGACAAUUCAGUCCUGUACGACCAUGAUCUGGAAAGUUAUGGGCUUUUUGACAUGGAUGGAAAUCAAGUUUGUCAGGACUUAGUUGCAAAGGUUGGCGAGACAUUUGAGAGCAUUUUGAAGGAGACUGAUCAAAUUAGGCGAGAAUCCAGUGAAGACAUGUCUAUCAGUCGUGCUAUAUCAAUUGUUUUUGAAAGGAGACCCGAUUUAAGGUUGAGUGGCCUUGCUCAUAAGGUGUUGCAGUGGUACCUAUGCAGAAUGGAAGGCUGGUUUGCCGCGGAUGCAGAUACCAUAUCACUCAAGUGUUGGGACCAGGAAGAAUUGCUUCCUGGUGGGCAUGGUCUUAUGGUCCGGGGAUAUAAGCCUGUCAUCAAUACACUAGCAAAAGGGCUUGACAUUCGGUUAGGUCACAGGGUUACAGAAGUUGUUAGACGUUAUAAUGGUGUGAAGGUAACAGUUGAGGAUGGGAGUUCUUUUGUAGCCGAUGCUGCCAUUAUUGCUGUUCCACUUGGUGUUCUAAAAUCAAAUUGCAUCAAGUUUGAACCAAGAUUACCUGAAUGGAAAGAGGCCGCCAUUAAAGAACUUGGUGUAGGAAUUGAGAACAAGAUUAUUUUGCACUUUCAAGACGUGUUCUGGCCAAAUGUUGAGUUCUUGGGAGUAGUUGCAGAAAGCUCAUAUGAGUGCAGUUACUUUCUUAAUCUUCACAAGGCUACUGGCCAUCCUGUCCUUGUUUAUAUGCCUGCUGGACAACUGGCCCGCGAUAUUGGGGAACUGUCAGAUGAGGCUGCUGCUAAUUUCGCAUUUAAGCAACUUAAGAGAAUCCUUCCUAAUGCGACUGCUCCAAUUCAGUAUCUUGUUUCUCAUUGGGGUACAGACAUAAACUCACUGGGAUCAUAUAGCUAUGAUACAGUUGGGAAGCCCCAUGAUCUAUAUGAAAGGCUGAGAGUACCAGUGGAUAACCUAUUCUUUGCUGGGGAGGCAACGAGUACAGAUUACCCAGGUUCUGUACAUGGUGCAUAUUCAACUGGAUUGCUGGCUGCUGAGGACUGCAGGAUGCGUGUCCUGGAGCGACAUGGAGAGUUGGAUAUUUUCGAGCCAGUCAUGGGUGAGGAAACACUUAUUCCCAUUUUGAUUUCCAGAUUGUAACUCGUAGGUUCAGCUAUACAGAAACAGAAACAUUAUGAAUUAGUUGCCAUAUGGGAUUGAGUUGACACAAUGUGGCUGGCUGCUUAGCGAUAAAUUAUUGAAAUCACACGGUUUUUAAAUGAAUUUUCAGCAUCAGCUAACAUGAGUAGUCUCUCCCUCGGUGAACUAGGUAAUAGAGGACAUUUUUGUAAUAUGGUGCUAUAGCUGUGAAUUGCAGCUUGUAGUGACACUGAGUUAUACCUCUGUGAAUUUUUGUGUUUAAGAAGAUUAUUUUAUGAAUACUUUAA